CGUUAACAUGUGUAUUGGGUUUAAGUGUGUACAAGCUUAGUGAAUCAGUAUCCGUCAAGGGAAAUGUAUAUUUCGAGAUAAAUGUGAAGUGCCAAGAAAUAUAUUGUACCGGAGUGUUAGAUGUUGUUUACUGUCAUUUUUAUUUUCUUUCCAAAUACCUUAAACUAUUCGUUCGCUUGAUUUUAAGAUUAUGAGCUACGAUUUUAACCUUUAAUGACAGCCACACAGUUGUAGUUAUUUCAGAUAAAAUAUAUAGAAUAUCAAUAUGCAGACAAUAAAGUGCGUCGUAGUAGGAGACGGAGCUGUGGGUAAAACGUGUCUGUUAAUUUCGUAUACUACGAACAAAUUUCCCUCUGAAUAUGUACCUACAGUUUUUGAUAAUUAUGCGGUCACUGUAAUGAUAGGCGGUGAUCCAUAUACAUUGGGAUUAUUCGAUACUGCUGGUCAGGAGGAUUACGACAGACUGAGACCUUUAAGUUAUCCGCAAACGGAUGUAUUUCUCGUAUGUUUCUCCGUAGUUUCGCCGUCGUCGUUUGAGAAUGUUAAAGAAAAGUGGGUGCCUGAAAUAACGCAUCAUUGUCAAAGGACUCCGUUUCUACUCGUUGGCACUCAAAUCGAUUUGAGAGACGACGUUGCUACAAUCGAGAAGUUGGCGAAAAACAAGCAAAAACCGAUAUCAGCGGAACAGGGGGAGAAGCUAGCCAAAGAGCUGAAAGCAGUGAAAUACGUCGAGUGUAGUGCUCUUACGCAGAAAGGUUUAAAGAAUGUAUUCGACGAGGCUAUUUUAGCUGCACUCGAACCUCCCGAGCCAGUGAAGAAAAGGAAGUGUACGCUGUUGUAAAAUGAGUAUUUAUUUUGGAAGCGAUAUAUGUCCGAAAGGGAAACAGAGUUUAUGCGUAACAAUAGCGAGCGGCAAGUUUAACACAGUAGUUUAAAGCACCGUUAGAGGAUUUCAAACCGAGCUUACAUGGUUCCUUUUUGAAAAAAAAGAAAUAUUCAUUUUCGGAGACACGUUAAAAGCCGCUAGUAUCAGCGCGACAAUUUCGUUCAAUUUACUUUCUCUAUUACCACGUAACGAUCAUGAUCACAUUCCACGCGACGUGAAUUCUGAUUUAAACUUUCGUAUUGCACAAUUUAAACAAUUUUUUUAUCUUCGCUUAACGUGAAAUUACGCGCAUCGCGGGGUUUAUUAUUUUUUUUUUACAAACGUUAUCCAAGAGAUUUGUAUCGUUUAAAAUUUGUUUCACAUUUUUGUUAGAACAAUUGGUGCUAUUCGAUUAAUAGUACUUCUCGUGGUUCGUGUAUUUAUCGACGAAGAGCUACGAUGUAAAGUAUCCCUUUGAACGUUUAAAGAAUCGAUGCUUUCGGGGAAAAGGAACGAAAGUGUUCUCUUUUCGAACAUACUGAAUUAACGAAACGAAUGAAAACGAUAUUAAGAUCUCUUUUCAUCGGAUAAAGUUGCAAAUAUACUAUAUAAAACGUGCACUACCAACAGGGGGGUUGUAAAGUUCUAGGAUUGGCAGCUAUGUCACGCAGAAUGUUUCCACAGAAGCGCGUUGGUUUCAAAGACUUUUUACAUCUGAUUUUGUACAUAUCAGCGUUUGUCACGGUAUACACACAAGAUACGACGAAUUUGAAACGGGACAGAAGCGUGGGCGAGAGUAACAAGCAUUUAUACUUUGUAAGAUUUCAACAAACGGAUUCGUUGGUGGGGUCGAUCCCGUUGCUCGUAGGAUAGAAAAUAUUCUCGUUCGAGCAACGAGCAACGAGUUUGCUCCCCACUACCCGAACGAUCACGUAUUAUUUAUUAAGCGAUAAUUGUAUAAUUCGAAAAGAAACGAAAAUUUAAACGCCUAAUAUUUUCCAUAAACUUACAUUAACGUUAUGUAAACUGGAUGAAACGUAGGGUGAAUAUUCGAAGCGCAACGAUCGAAUGGUUCCGUUCGUGUUCGAUCGACGUUUCGUUGAAUGGCGGAGAGCGUGUAUCGCGGAACGACGAACGAUCGACCGGGUACGUCUUGUAUUCGGUCUAAAGAGGGUGGCAUUUAGUAGCAUUGUACGUGUUACGAUAUGUAGACGCAACCGUGUAACGAAAUAUUCACAUAAAUAUAUUUAUACUAUGCAUAAAGAAUGGAUCGUUCUUUGGUUGUUGGUUCGCGAGUGAAGAAAUUUGUAAAUUCGAUCGGUUAAGCUUUACGUUGGCGUUCGUUCUCACGUCCGGUGCAUUGUUUUGUAUCGCGUUUA